AACUUUUCGCUUCCUUCUCUUUUGAGACCGGGCGGCUAUCCGAAUUCCGAACUGUGAAGGACGCCAAAAGCAGUUCUUGUUUUUCAAAAACUGAGUUCGCCGGAAAGCUCUCGGAGCAUGCAAAGGCGGUUUCUCCACAGUGUGGGAAUUGAUUUGUGUUAAUUGUUCGAUUUGUUUCUUGGGGUCCUUGUUCGAAGUUUGCUGUUGUGAGAUAUAAGGUUGGUUCAGCAGAUUGAGGGGAGCUCUUACUUGAGAAUCCUGAAGCUGGGGGCAUUUUUGAUGGACCGCAGUUUAGGUCGGGACUCAGGUACGAACCCUGGUUCGUAUGUUGACAAGUCCAGAGUUUUAGAUGUGAGGCCACUGCGAUGUAUUGAACCGGUUUUCCCGACUUCUAACUACGCUCCUUUUCUACCACCUCAAGCUCCUGGCUCUUUUGUUUGUCCUGGUCCUGCUGGCCCCUUUCCUCCCCCCGUUUCCUCGUUUUACCCCUACUUUGUACCUCCUGAAGCACUGAAGUUUCCUGAACAAAGCCCGCAAACUCCCAUUAGACCGCGCAGUCAAAACUUGCAUUUAGGGAUAAACACUCCCCCAAUCUCGGUAGCAGUUCCUAUAAAUACCUAUAGAGCUCAGGAAACAACAGAGGAGGAAAAUGGGGGUUCAGGGUCAUCUAGGAGGACUAGUAUAAAGAAGAGCAGCACAUCUUACGGGGUUGGAGAUGAAAAUGGUCAUGAUGGUCAAAUUCAGACUUCUCCUUACUUGAGUAGUUUUAGCAUGCAUGUUGCUGAAACAAAAGAUGGCAGCAAGGGUGAGAAGAAGAGGGGUAGGCCCCCAAAAAAGGCUAAAGGUAGCCCUGUUCGUAUCUCCUCCCCUAAUGUGGAUACAGAUGCUGUUGCCGAGAAUAUCUUGAAUUCAUCUGCUGCGAUGGUUUUUGAUACUUUUCGGCGAGCUGAUGGUGAUCCCGAGUCAGUUGCCUACAUUCUAAGGUUAUAUGAUUUGCUCAGAUGGAAAAUAACACAAAUUGAAGAAUCCAAAGAGCCAGUUCCUGGUGUAACGAGACGUCCUGACUUACGUUCAGGUACAAUCUUGAUGAACAAAGGCAUUCGCACAAACGUCAAGAAAAGAAUUGGACCAGUGCCAGGUGUUCAAGUGGGAGAUUUAUUUUUCGUGAGAAUGGAACUUUGUUUGAUAGGAUUGCAUGCUCCUAUUAUGGCCGGAAUUGAUUACAUGGGCCUCAGACUUAGUCAAGAUGAAGAGCCGGUUGCUGUUAGUAUUGUUUCAUCUGGAGGAUAUGAGGACAACAUGGAAGAUGGCGAUGCAUUAAUUUACAGUGGCCAGGGUGGGAAUGUCUACCGGAAAACAAAGGAAGUGACAGACCAGAAGGGUGGGAAUAUAUACCGGAAAACAAAGGAAGUGACAGACCAGAAGCUUGAGAGGGGUAACCUCGCUCUAGAGAAGAGUGCAAGUCGAGGGAACGAGAUUAGAGUGAUUCGUGGAAUAAAAGAUGUAGCCAACCCGACUGGGAAGGUGUAUGUCUAUGAUGGGCUCUAUAAGAUCCAAGAGUCAUGGGUCGACAGGGGAAAGUCGGGCUGCAACGUAUUCAAGUAUAAAUUGGUUAGGCUCCCGGGCCAGCCAGAAGCAUUCACUCUAUGGAAGUCCAUUCAGCAAUGGAGGGACAGCACUGCUUCUAGAGAUGGGGUCAUUUUGCCUGAUCUCACUUCAGGGGCAGAAAGUUUUCCAGUUUCUCUCGUAAACAAUGUGGAUAGCGAGAAGGGGCCUGCACAUUUCACAUAUGUAACUACUCUCAGCUGCUCACAUCCCGUAAAUCCACCAGAACCAGGUGCGGGUUGUAGUUGCACUGAUGGGUGCCAACCUGGUAACUUAAAUUGUCCCUGUAUUCAAAAGAACGGGGGGUUUCUCCCCUAUACCUCAGUUGGUGUUCUUAUAAACAGGAUAUCAAUGAUUUACGAGUGUGGUGUCUCCUGCCGUUGUCUGCCUAGUUGUCGGAACCGGUUGUCCCAGAAUGGUUUAAAGGUCCGCUUAGAGGUCUUCAAGACAAAGGACAGAGGCUGGGGCCUGAGAUCAUGGGACCCUAUUAGAAGUGGAGGUUUUAUAUGUGAAUAUACUGGGGAAAUGAUUGAUAGAUCGGAGUUAGAUAAGCUUAGGGUUGAGAAUGAAGAUGAGUAUGUCUUCGACGCAACCCGUACUUACCAGCCACUUGAAGUGUUGCCUGGUGAUUGUGAGGGGGUGCGGGAUGUCCCUUUCCCACUAAUCAUCAGUUCAAGGGCAACUGGGAAUGUGGCUCGAUUCAUGAACCAUAGUUGCUCUCCAAAUGUGUCUUGGCAACUGGUGACACGUGCUCAUAGUAGCAUGUUAGAUGUUCAUGUUGUUUUCUACGCACUCAGACACAUUCCUCCUUUGACGGAGUUGACUUACGACUAUGGGACUGUCCAGCCAGAAAACGAAGGCCAACGGCAGAAAGUUUGCCUGUGUGGUUCAAGCAAAUGCAGAGGUUAUUUCUACUAACCGAAACAGCCCUGAACUAUGAAUGGGUCUUAAGGUCUGGGCAAAUCUUGAGCGGGCGGCGCUGUUACUGGAAGCGAGGCAAUUCAGCAUGGCCAAGUUUUGUAAAGUGCCGUGGAACAAGAAUCAGGACAACUACUUGAUAUGACUGGGAAAACAUCGUAUAGUGUCUUCUGAAAGUGCACACACACACACACACACACAGAGACAGCAAAGGAAGCAACAGGAGUUCAAUCUAUUGCAGCAAAGAACAAUAGACUAACAUACACCAGCAAACUCGAAAUACAGAUAACUUUGUUUUUGUGGAUUUUUGACAGCGAUAGCGCAGCUUUAGGAGAACAGUGUGAGUCGUAGUGUUCUCGACAGAAUUCUCAAUGAAUCAAAUGCCUUUCCCUUUCCUAGUUGGUUACAUUCCAAGUGUCCUGAACUGCUCCGCCGUUCAAUUUCAUCUUUGAUGUUUCUUGUUUGAGUAGUUCGGUAUUCCGGAUCAGUGGGAUCGCAAGUGUUGAAUGUGUUGUGUCCCAUUCGGGAAUAUCAACAUGGUGUAUGAUCAGAGAGAAAUGUAUUACAACAUUGUA